GAGGAAGAGUGGUACUAAACUACGCAUGCACGUAAAAGUCAUGUGAUAGACUUCCUAGUUGCUGACUUUAAACCGGAGGAUUUCUGUCAGUACUCGCGGUAGCACAUCUGCUUUACAUCUGGGCGGCGGGUGAAGCGGACAAGGUGUUUGAAGACAGCGACCAAAUAUUCGAUAGCCAUGGUGACCCUUCUGUGUUGCGGGCCGAAAAUGGCGGCUUGCGGGAUCGUCUUGAGCAUUUGGGGCGUCAUUAUGCUGGUAUUGCUGGGAAUAUUCUUUAAUGUGCACUCAGCUGUGCUGUUUGAAGAUGUGCCCUUCACAGAAAAUGAUUUCCAAGACAAGAAUCCCCCACAAGAGAUUUACAGGCUGUAUGAAAAAGUGAGUUAUAACUGCUUCAUUGCAGCAGCCAUCUAUGCAUUGUUGGGAGGCUUUUCCUUCUGUCAAGUGAGGCUGAACAAGCGGAAAGAAUACAUGGUGCGCUAGACUGCCCUUGAUCUCGCAGAACCUGCAGGCCCUCUGGAUUAUACACCAUCACUUCUUAAAUGAUUUUUUUUUUUUUUUGUUUUGUUUUUGCAAUCUUAGGAAAAUUAUGUUUAUUGUGUUCUUUGUUAAGGACACCUUCCCUUUGUGGCUGUUGGUGCUGAUAUUUUCUGGGAGAUGCCACUCGUCUUUUAUAAUAUUGGUUUUUCCUUUUUAUGUAAUAGUGUAUAAAUUUAGUACUAAUUGUAGCACAGACAGUGGGGAUGUGGGAUGUAACAUGAACUUCGGGCAGGUGGGGAGUUGCUGCCAUGAGUUAGGCCACACUUAUUUUAUCUCCCAAUCUAACUGCUAACUGAUGUAGUUUUCAAGAUGCAUUGUUAUGUCGAUUACACAUACAAAACAGUACAAACAUCCAUGGAUUCUACAUUAGACCUGAGUAUUACCACUGACCCUGUCUCCUCUUUGACAUUCUUACACGCUGUUAUGAAUAUUAACCUUGACUGUCUUGCUUUUUUCUGAAUGUUUCAGACUUCAUUUUUAUUUGGCCUUUUUUUUCUAUCAUUCCAUUUCCAACUGUGUCAUUUUAGUUUAUUUUUACUUGGCAUUCAGGGUCCUCAUGGCUUAAAUAUGAUGCAUGGUGGACUGGUGGAAGUACAGACAGUGUGAGGGCCCCUGUUUUUGAUGUGCUAAAUGUGUUGUCCUCUUUUUGGGACCUUUUGUUGCAGUAGGAGAAGAUCUCCUAAAGGAUAGUGGCCAUGUUGGCAAUUAAGAAUUUUUUAAACACGUAUCAACAGCUCUAUUAGUUUCUUGUAUACAACCAUCCCUGCAAUCUGCACAUACAACAAUGGUGGAACUUGAAACCUUGUUAUUUUUUGUUUGGUAAUUUAUAUAAAAAGAAUGAAAAUUAUGAUGUAUGUGAGGUUUGUGUAUUUAAGAAACGUUGGUGGCUUUUAAAUGUUUUGAUGUACAUUUUUCCUGUGUAAAUUAUUAAGAGACCGAGUCUGCAAUAAACAAAGGUGAGGUGAAGUUAAAUGAAA